AAAACCCAAUUAGCCGUUCGAUGAAUCAAACAGAGCUUCAGACCAGCCAUCCUUCUCUCGAUGAUUGAUUGAUUAUUUUAUUUGAAUUUUGUUUGGCUAAGAAAAGGAAAUGGAGUUGCAACUGAAAGUAGCCGAAGCAGUCCAUGUUUUAAAUCACGACACUCAGUCAUGUAACCGCGUGGCUGCAAAUCAAUGGCUGGUUCAGUUCCAGCAGACGGAUGCUGCUUGGGAAGUGGCUACUUCUAUUCUCACUUCUCACCAAUUUCGUCUUCAUUAUACUGCUAAUUCCAAUUUUCACCCGCUCUUCUCUUCUGCUUUUGAACUUGAAUUCUUCGCUGCUCAGAUUCUCAAGCGCAAGAUCCAAAGCGAAGGUUAUUAUUUGCAUUUAGGAGCUAAGGAUGCCUUGUUAAAUGCUCUUCUUCUGGCUGCCAAGAGAUUUACUUCAGGCCCUUCCCAGCUUUUGACACAAAUCUGUCUUGCACUUUCUGCCCUUAUACUUCGCGCCGUUGAGCAUGGAAAACCUAUAGAGCAGCUUUUCUACAGCCUUCAGACCCUGCAGAACCAGGAAGAUGGCAAUGUUGCUGUUCUCGAGAUGCUUACUGUUCUUCCUGAAGAACUUGUUGACACUCAAAAUUCAGAUAAUACUAUUAGUCAAGCUCAUAGAAGCCAGUAUGGCCAAGAGGUUUAUGCUCUUUAUUUUUGUUCCUUUUUACCUUUUCUCUUAGGCUUUUUAUCUACCCACUUAUAUGUCAAUCACAACUUAAUCCAGCUUCUGUCACAUACUCCUUCGGUGCUCGAGUUCCUUCUGGAACAAUCUCAGAAAACAUACGACGGCGGUGUUCAAUUGCAUGAAAGGAAUAGAAAAGUUCUUCGUUGCUUGCUCAGCUGGGUGCGAGCAGGGUGCUUCUCAGAAAUUCCACAAGGCUCCCUGCCUACACAUCCACUUCUUAGUUUUGUAUUUAAUUCUUUGCAGGUUUCAUCAUCUUUCGAUUUGGCAGUUGAAGUUCUCAUUGAACUUGCGAGUCGGUAUGAGGGGCUACCUCAGGUGCUGUUAAGCAAAGUGCAUUAUCUUAAAGAGGUACUUCUUCUUCCAGCUCUCAGUAACAGAGACGAGAUAGUAAUCAAUGGUCUUGCAUGCUUAAUGUCAGAAAUUGGGCAGGCUGCACCGUCUAUGAUUGUGGAGGCAAAUGUUGAGGCACUUGCGCUAGCAGAUGCACUAUUGAGUUGCGUGGCAUUUCCAUGUGAAGAUUGGGAGAUAGCAGACUCAACUUUGCAAUUCUGGUCUACUGUUGCAUCCUCUGUACUUGGCCUCGACACGCAUAGUGCUGAAAAGAGGAAACAUGUGGAAGAUGUGUUUUUUUCUGUAUUUUCAGUCUUACUGGAUGCUCUUCUACUGCGUGCUCAGGUUGAUGAAUCUACAUUCAAUGAUGAGAGUGGAGUACUUGACCUGCCUGAUGGUCUUGUACAGUUCAGAAUGAAUCUUGUCGAGCUUUUGGUGGAUAUUUGCCAGCUAUUAAGACCCAUGACUUUCAUGCAAAAGCUUCUCUUUGGUGGCGGGGCAUCUGCAAAUGUAACUGUACAAUGGAAGGAGGUGGAAGCAAAAUUGUUUGUUCUCAAUGUGGUUUCUGAAGUAGUACUCCAGGAGGGCCAUAUUUUUGACUUUUCAUUUGUCAUGCAAUUGGUGACAUUGUUGUCUGGUGGCCCUUCCGACAGGAAAAAAGGAUUUAUGUGCAUGGUAUACAGAUCACUUGCGGAUGUUGUUGGCUCCUAUUCAAAGUGGAUAUCUACUUAUCAAACUAAUGCAAGGCCCUUAUUAUUAUUUCUUGCUGCAGGAAUUUCAGAGCCUCAGUCCUUGAAUGCUUGUGCCUCUGCCCUUCGUAAAUUUUGUGAAGAUGCUUCUGCUGUAAUUUAUGAACCUUCAAAUCUGGAAAUUUUAAUGUGGAUUGGGGAGGCUUUGGAGAAAAGAGAUUUACCAUUAGAAGAUGUGGAAGUAGUAGUUAGUGCAAUCACCAUGAUCAUUGGCUCUGUUCCAAACCAAGAGCUAAAGAACAAGUUGUUGACGAGAUUGCUCUCUUCUAGCUAUGAUGCUAUAGGAAAACUUAUUGAACAAAAUAGCAAUCAUUCUUCUAGGCAAACUCCGGCCACUUAUACACAAAUUUUGAACUCAGCAGCAAGAGGGUUAUACAGAAUAGGGACUGUAUUUGGUCAUCUUGCUACACCUUUGCCAAGUGUGCCUGGGGCAGACGAUCCUGUCUUUGGGCUGCUAAGAGUUUUCUGGCCCAUGCUAGAAAAACUUUUUAGGUCUGACCACAUGGAGAAUAGCAAUUUAUCAACCGCAGCUUGCCGGGCUCUUUCACUCGCAAUUCGGUCUUCUGGGCAGCACUUUCUCAUGCUAUUACCCAAUGUUCUAGAUUGCCUGUCUUCCAAUUACCUAUCAUUCCAAAAUCAUGACUGUUACAUUAAAGCAGCUUCUGUUGUUGUUGAAGAAUUUAGUAAUAGAGAGGAGUAUGGACCCUUGUUUGCCACAACUUUUGAAAGAUUUACACAAGCAUCAUCAAUAACAGGUCUUAAUUCUUCAUAUAUAUGCGACCAAGAGCCAGAUUUAGUAGAGGCCUAUACAAAUUUUGCAUCCACAUUCGUCCGUAGCACUCGUAAGGAAGUGCUAGCUGCAUCUGCUUCUCUUCUUGAAGACUCCUUUCAAAAGGCAGCUAUAUGCUGUACAGCUAUGCACCGUGGAGCUGCACUGGCAGCAUUGUCAUAUUUGUCAUGUUUUCUGGAGCUGAGCUUGGUCUCUUUGUUAGAGUCUAGGAAUGCAAUUCCUGAACGAUCAUUUGGUGCUAUAACAAUUCAGGUUGUAUCUCAUAGUGGCGAGGGACUCGUAUCAAGUGUGAUGUAUGCUUUGCUUGGUGUUUCAGCAAUGUCACGGGUUCACAAAUGUGCGACAAUCUUGCAACAAUUGGCUGCUAUUUGCAGUUUCUGUGAAAGAACGACUUGGAAGGCUAUUCUCUGCUGGGAAUCUUUGCGUGGUUGGCUACAUGCUGCGGUGCAGGCUCUUCCAGUUGAGUAUUUAAAGCAGGGGGAAGCUGAAACUCUUGUCCCACUUUGGUUUGAUGCCCUAUUAGUUGCUGCCUCAGACUACCUUGAUAGCAAGAGUUGCAAUGGCGGAAACAGCAAUUACGGGCAUAUGCAAGGGAAAGGAGGAAGAGUUUUGAAGCGUUUAAUUCGAGAAUUUGCUGAUAGUCAUCGCAAUAUCCCAUCCCAAAUUUAACAUAGCUGAUACAGUUGAUAGCUUCAAGAGCCACUGAGCCAUUUGCUGUUGGCGCUGGCAGGUUGUAAAUUAUCAGUUUGCCUUGAAGCUCGGAAAAUCCUGGGGUCUAUCUUUUAAGCAGUGUCCCCGCAUUGUAAUUACUUCACAGCCACCCUAUUUUUUUUUCCCUUGUACAGUUAUCCCUAAUUCCAAUUUUGUUAAACCGUAUAAGGAAUGUACUUGGAAAUAAGUUGGAUUAUCAUUUUAGCCAUUAAUCAAAGAUUUUGAGCUCUA